UAUCAGAGUUCCAGGCACCCAGGAUUUGCAGUGAGGACCAGACAUCUGAUUGCAGGAAUGUGUUCCCUCCCCAUGGCAAGAUACUACAUAAUCAAAGAUGUGGAUCAGAAGGCUCUGUACAUAAGAGAUGGCCAGCUGCUGGUGGGAGAUCCUGAUACAGACAACUGUCGUGCAGAGAAGAUCUGCAUACUUCCUAACAGAGGUCUAGACCGCACCAAGGUCCCCAUCUUCCUGGGGAUCCAGGGAGGGAGUCGCUGUCUGGCAUGUGUGGAGACAGGAGAGGGGCCUUCUCUGCAACUGGAGGAUGUGAACAUCGAGGACCUGUAUAAGGGAGGUGAACAGGCCACACGCUUCACCUUCUUCCAGAGCAGCUUGGGCUCUGCCUUCAGGCUGGAGGCCGCUGCCUGCCCUGGCUGGUUCCUCUGUGUCCCGGCCGAGCCCCAACAGCCAAUACGGCUCACCAAAGAAAGUGAACCCUCAGCCCGUACGGAGUUCUACUUUGAACAGAGUCGGUAGGGAGGUAGGAGACUGAGUUCCAACCUGGUGUCC